AUGACAAGAAUGACUCCAAAAUUUGUUUGUAUUAUUGUUCUUUUGUCCAUACACGGUUCUGAUGCAGGACUUUACGACCUCUUUACGCCAGAGUCUCGAUUGUCUGGAUUUGUCAUAGAUAAAAUUUCUCCGAUUGGAAUGGUUAUGUGUGUUCGAGAAUGCUCGAAAAGAAUUUCGUGUGCGUCGCUUAAUUAUCACCGAGGAAGAUUGGAGUGCGAGUUGUCAUACAGUGACGCCACAACGAAUCCAUCCAACAUGACGUCAGAUUCUGAGUUCAUCUACAUCAAAAGGAACCAAAUACCACAGGAAUAUUUUGAGGCCUGUAAUGCGUCAUGCUCAAAAAGAGAAAGUUGCGUCACUGCGUCAAAUGAACCAACGUGCGUCAAAUCAGAUUGUCCUGUCAAUCACCCUGACACCAAUUCAACUGGGGUCAAGGUCACAUCUACCAAGAUUGGGACUGUCUUAACUUAUACGUGUAACUCGGAUACUUCAAUAACUUUAACCUCUAAAUGCAGAGGUGAUGGAACUUGGACAUCUUCUGCUUUUUCGUGUGAUGAACCACUGCCGGAUACUCCUGCUUGUUUCAACACUACGACAUCGUGUUGGUAUGAGUAUAGCUUUGUUCAUGAUACUACGUGGAACGGGUGUUCAGGUGGCCGGAAGUACGUCAUGAAGACCAAAUAUACUUCCGCUCCUAUUGUCGGAGUAGAACUUUGCAACUCAACAAGGUAUCAGAUAUUUCUUGGAGCAAAUUUAACGGAUACGUUUCUGAACAUUGGUGAUGGGUCGGGCGAGGGAGCUGACCACUGUGAAUUGGUUGGGGGGCUGGAGGUAAAUGCAGUUCUCCCUGAGAGGAAUGAUAGUGCACCUGCGCUCACCGCAGGAUAUGGUCGGUUAGGUGAAGGCCAGGAAUUCAUCAUACGAGCCAUUGGAGGAGCUACUUCAUGGUACAGUAGUCCGUGGUAUGAGUGUGGGGUAGAGAUACCAGGACCAGUCGAACCAGCCUGUAUGAGUGCCACGCCCCCUUGUUGGUACGCCUACAAUGUGUCAGUAGACAACAGCUUAAAUGGAUGUACUGGUGGGCAGAUACUUGUCAAGAGAACAAACUACACAUCGGCUCCUUUUCUCGCUGUGCAGCUGUGCAAUACCACUAGGUACAAGUUUUUCCUUGGCUCUGGCUUAGGGGCUACCUUCAUGAACAUCGGGGACGGUGAUGGCAUGGGCGAGGAUCACUGUGAACUCGUGGGUGGAUCUGAAAAUAAUGCAGUUCCUGCAGAAUAUAAAGUUCUCCUUCGCGUUUAUGGUUACUACAGAGACUCAGCUGGCCAGGAUUUUUCAUAUGGUGUCAUGGGUAAUCGCACGACGAUUUAUGUCCAUAACUACAUUCAGUGUGGAAUUUCCAUUCCAGGCGAAGAUGACGUGGUCUACGUAUAAUGCACGCCCGCACGCAAUUACGAGCAUUUUCGGCCCUUCUGAACUUAUAAAAUUUUGGUCGUAUAUCGAACAAAUAUAGUAUGAACAAUUUGUAAGCGCUGAAACUUUGAAGGUAUUUAUGUCACAAUCUGUUGAUGUGCAUACUACCAGGAAAUUCAUUUCUGAUUCCACUUUUUUUGUAAGCGCAACUCCCUUCAAAACGCUGUACGGUGUGUAGAUGUGCACAGUAGAAGGAAAUUUCGAUUCCAGUAUUUUCUUGGAAUUUCGGGCAUUUUUGGCUUAAUUUGAACUUAAAAUUUUGGCCAUAUAGUGAAUAUAGUAAUAAAGAGUUUGUAAGCGCAACUCCUCUUAAAUCGCUGCACAGAAUUUUGAGAACGUUGAAAGUAUUUGGGUGGCAAUGCGUGAUAUGGAUCGUUCAUCCGUAUAUUUCCGACCGGGAGCUACAGACCUGCAGCUAUGCGUAUAUGUGCAUAUUAUUUAUACUCCCGCAAACAAAGUUUGGGGGGAGGUAUAUUGGUUUUACCCUGUCUGUCUGUCUGUCUGUCUGUAGCCCCCUAUAGAAUGGGUUAUUUUCUUUGGGAAAAUUCUGGAGAUUUGUACAUAUGUGGAAUACUAUCUGGAGAUGUGUACCUGCAAUUUGUAUUAAGACUAGACGAUAUUUAACGAUUUUAUGACAGUUUUCAUUUUUCUUAUCUUAUAUAUUGUACAUUAAUGUUGAAAAGUAAGGGAGGUAAUCCUUAAAGUUUUAUUAAUCAUUUAAUAGUUUUUAAAACACUCUAAAAAUAUGUUUAAUUUUGAAUUUUCUGAAAAUAUAUACAAUUUUGAAUAUUUUCUUUGUUAAAUAAUUUUUUUUUUACAUUCUAGACUUUUUUUAAUUUAUGUGUCACAAAUUUUUAUUAUUUAAUUAUAUAUUUUACUUACUUUAAUUAAAUUCAUAUUUGUCCCAUUUAGAAUAAGCCUCGCGGGGGUAUUAGUCUUAUAAGGAUAGUUCUAGUUUAGCCUACCAAGAAAUUCCUAUUCCAUUAUUUUCUGGGAGUGUCGGCCCUUUUGAACUUAUAAUUUUGUUGAUGCUUAAGAUUUGAUCUGAUGAAUUUUUGCGGCUUAUUUUCUCUAUUAAAUUACGUUUGUGUAUUUAAUGCAUAUACCCUAUUAUUCAUUAUGUGUAUCUAUUGUCAAGUAUUGGGGAAGCGAAGGGUAUGUGAUCUUGCUUAUUUUUUCUUUUCAUUAUAUUUGAGUUUGUUGUAACCUUGUGUUUUGCUGUAUAUACUGUUAUAUUUGUCUUUUUUUUUUUUGGCUUGUAACAAGUUUGUAACAAAAUAUUUGUUUGCAAUAAAUUCCAUAUAAAUUCA